CAGACGCAGAGAAUUUAUUUUUUUCAGCAAUUAAUUUGUUUCUAAAUUGCUUGAAGAAAACGCGAAAAUACGUAGAUUACGUCUAAAUGUUUGAAAACACGUAGCGCGUGUUUUUAUUAAUAGGAUAGUUGAAAUUCGCGAUCAAUGGCAGCCAGCAACAACAACAGUAAUAUGCACAACAUGGGGACAGGCAUGCAGUCACUGCAACCGCUGGGUACAACAACCACGGCCGGGGUCAUGGGUCAAUCAGUGAUUGCAUCGACCGGCACAGUAAGCCCGAUGCUGGCCCUUAAUUCUACCGCCGGCGGCACACCACCGAGUACAAUAGCAGCAGCACCAAGCGGCAGCAGUUCAUCCACUCAAAGCGCCUGGGAUCAAUUGACCGCCAGUGUUUCCAAUAAUGGAGCGCCAGGUGCAAGCAGCAGUAGCGCACCCAUCGCAUUGCCAAGUGGGAGCGGGUCCAGCACGACUGCCAAUGAUACAGCGGUACACAUGAGCGCUGGCAGCUCACCAGUGGCUAGCUGCUCGUCGCCUUCGACACCGACUAAGACACAUGUGCCAUCUCUGGAGGGCAUGGCUCACACGCCGCAGGGUCCACCUACUAUGGGUGGUGGAUAUGGCGAGGAGCUGACAGCGGAGCUGGUCAACCAAGGCUGGCGAAAGUUUUGGUCCAAACGUGAAAAUCGUCCAUACUAUUGGAACAAAGUGACAGGUGAGUCGCUUUGGGAAAUGCCAGGUACUCGCCCCUUCGAUCCGCUUACAGACCCGUUGGGUAUAUGCCAUGCAGGCGGUGGUCCUACGCCCAUUAAUAUGCCACCACAUAUGCAGCAGCAUCAUCAUCAUUUAAAACGUCGGCCCUCAGACGACAUGCACAUACAUCCGCACCAGCAACACGGACCACACGGCGGGCCACCUUUAAAGAAAUUUGUUCUGGCCGGGCCCUGGGAUCUAGAAGUGUGCACAAAUGCAGUUAUAGUGGAGCGUCCACCAACGCUGCUGCCACAACCACAUCCAGAAAUGGAGGCGCUGCGCGCCGCCUUCAGCAUGAAGCUGUUAAAGACGUACGAGGAUCUGUGCAUGCGUAGGGAGAACAUCAAGGCACCACGCGAUUCCUUCAAUCGCUGGCUGAUGGAACGCAAGGUCAUCGACACGGGUUGCGAUCCAUUGCUUCCCAGCAACUGUCUGCCCGAAAUAUCUAGUUCUAUGUACCGCGAAAUUAUGGCCGACAUACCUAUCAAGAUUGUCAAGCCGAAGUUCACAGGCGACGCUCGAAAGCAACUUUCCCGCUAUGCCGAGGCAGCUAAACAGAUCAUCGAGUCACGCUCGGCACCCGCCGAAUCCAAAAAGGUUGUUAAAUGGAAUGUGGAAGAUACCUUUCAGUGGCUCCGACGUACAGUCGGUGCCAGCUAUGAAGAUUUCCAGGAUCGUCUGGCGCACUUAAAGCGCCAAUGUGAACCUCAUUUGGUGGAGACCGUCAAGAGUUCGGUUGAAACGCUGUGCGUUAAGAUUUAUCAUUUAUCCGCCGAGCAUGCCCGCAAGAUACGAGAACGUCAUCUGCAGCUACUGAAGGAACAUGGUAUUCCAGAGCCGACGCCGCCACCACCCCCACCGCAUUUGAAGAAGGUCUGGUGCUAUCCCAUACAAUUUGCAGUGCCCUCGCCACGAAUGCCGGCCAUCGAGUAUCUGCAGGAUCGCGAUCACAUGAUUAUCAAAUACACGCCCACGACUAUCAACCAGCCAGAUGCCCAGUAUAUUAACCUGACCUAUCUGCAGAAACUAGAGCAGCUCUAUCGUCACAAUUGCUUCGACGACAAGAAGUUCGAUCUAUUUAUUGGUCGCGUCUGGUGCUUGUUGAAGCGCUAUCAAACAUUUCUGGGCAAUGCGUUGAACUCGUCUCAAGAGGCAGAGUUGACCCAGGCCGCCCUACCUGUGCCCGUCUUUGAGUGCCUGCAUCGGCAUUUUGGUGUCAGCUUUGAGUGCUUCGCCUCUCCAUUUAACUCGUACUUCCGACAAUACUGCUCGGCCUUUGCGGACACCGAUGCGUAUUUCGGUUCCCGGGGACCCUUCUUGGACUUUAAGCCGGUUUCGGGUUCCUUUCAAGUGCAUCCGCCGCAUUGCGAGGAACUAAUUGACGCCAGUCUAGUGCAUAUAGACAAACUCCUUACGGACUCCAUGGAGCCACUAAGCUUUAUUGUAUUCCUGCCCGAAUGGAAGAGUAUAUCCAAACUUGAGGAAAGCAUGUACAAGAGGCGUUCCAUGGUGGUACUCGGCAUGGCACACGAGUACAGACAUGGCUAUCAGCAUAUGAUGCAAAAAUCCGAGGUGCUCAUCAAGUGCAUGCAAGGCACACAGGUGGUUUGGUUACAAAAUAGCGCCGGCUAUGCGCGCUGGGGACCCAACGAGAACCGUGUGGAAGCUUUGCGUGAAGCGUUCCGGCCGCAACGCGAUCGUGAGCGUGAACGUGCAGCUGCUGCCGCUGCUGCGGCGGGAGCUAACAGCAGCAGUCAACAGCAGCAGAGUGCUCCCUCAUCACAGAGCACAGCCACGUCGGUAGUAACGUCUGCACCGGCAACGCCUGCCUACACGACAGCAGGAGGCGCAUCAGCCGCAACGACGGCAACAGCAGCCCCAACAAGCGCCACAUCCUCCCCAGCGUCGUCUUCCGUGCUAACGCCACUGUCGCCGCACACGCCCACAGCCAAUCCGCCCCAGUUUCCGCUUACCAUAAGCAAUAGUAGCAGUAGCAGUAAUCUGGUGGCUGCUUCCCCCACAAUGAGCGUGCAAAGCGAUUGCUCUUCGCCAUCUUCAUCGACUAUGUCACUGUCGCCAGCACCUGCUUCCGGCGGCUACCCUGAUGGUGGCUCCACAGCAGCCGCCGCAGCAGCGGCCGUGUCCAUUACGGCCACGGCCAGCACAUCAGCAGGCGGAGCGUUUGCUACCACUAGCAUCAACACAACGGCCUCGACACAGGCUGUCAUUAACUCUGCAGUUUAGGCUAGGAGUCUGUAAAACUCUAAGAACCAUUCACUUAAUCGUUGGAUAAUUUCAGGGUGAUGAAUGGAACAGAUUUGUCUGCUGUAGUGUCAGUACCUAGAACAGUUUAUUUUCUGGUUAGUGUCGCUGACUCUUAAGGCUAAUAUUUAGUUUAAAAGAAAUACUAAAGAAACUCUUCAUACAAAACCUAUCCAGAUUUUGUUCGAUCGUGUUUAAUUUUUCACAAAUUUUGCAUGGAGAUUUCUUUUUCUCAAUGAAGUCGAUCCUAAAGCUAAAAGUUCUCUGAGUGAUUUACUUGAAUAUACCUUUCUAAAAUAGCCUUGAGGAUAGUAUUUGGGAUUAAAGUCAUUCUUUGGAAACUUUUCACAUGUCAUAAUUUGUUGAUCAAUUUAGCAUGAAAUUUGUUGGUAUCUCUUUUGGACCGAAUAAUCAAUUUAAAAACAAAAAAAAUUUAUCUAUAUACAUAUAGAAUUGGGCUAAGUCCCACUUUUGUGUUUCCUUUAUUUAGGUUAACAAUUAGGUGUAAUUUUUUGAAGAAAAAAAAACAAUCUUUAUAUAUAAUGGUAACGACCUUAAAGUUAAAAUGUAAAUAUGUUUUUAUCAAUAAUUAGAAGCUUACUUCGGCCUGGCCGUGGUUACGUAUGCUCCACAAAAAAAAUAAACAAAAUAUUAAAUACAUAGUAUGGUCGGGAACCAGCUUAAAUUUCUUUACCCAGAUUUUAAGGGUAUUUAAAAGAGUUCUCCAAUACAAAAUAUACAAACAUAUACACAAACUUUCGAACUAGAGAUGGGCAGGACGACUUUUAUUCUGGAACUUAUGCACCUUAACUUUCCUUUAUCUGUUUACCAUACAAUAUUUUUUUGUUCGCAUUCCAAACGAAAUUAAAGAUAUUAGUUUACAAAGAAAUAGAGCAACGAAAAUAUUCAUUAAUGUUUUCAAAUAUCAAGCUAAUGGUUAUUUAUCCUCGUCUUCAGCUUACCAAUAUAUGGUUCCUCUGAACACAUUCUAAUUCAUGUGCCCUUAAAAGUCCAUCUCCAGUCCAAGCAAUCUCAAAAUUAUUAAAGUGGAUUGGACUAUCUUUAAAAACAUACAUAUGUAUGUACUACUAUUAACGAAAAGUUAAACAUAAAAAUACAAUUAAAUCUAUGUAAGAUUAGUAGAGAAUCGAAUGCGAAAAGAACCAAAUUUGUAAUUUAAAAUAUGCGCAACUAUGCACCGCACAAGACACAAUUAAAUAAAUUAAAUCGGGAUGUAGCCAAUUUAUAAAUACAUAAUAUUAAAAAAUAAUCUGAAAAAGUAGUGACUCUUGGAAACUACAAAUUAGACAACAAUAAACCUAAGUUAAUCUACUUUAAAAAAGAAAGCCAUUGCCUGACACAACUCACACAUUACCCGCAUUCGUGUCGUUUCGAAUUCAAAUUUUAAGAUAUACAUAAUUCAAGUUUCUUUAAUUUAUUUAAAUUGUUAUGAUGUGAACUUUUUUAUUAAUACAUAUUACACACAUAUAUAGAUAUAU